GGACAAAAUGCAGCGCAUUGACCCAAUUUGCAAAUAGGCAAAACACCACGCCCCUUUUCUCUUUCCUCUUUCCUCUUUCCACAAUUCUUUCUAUUAAUUUAUAUUUCUAAAUUCAAACACUUACAAAUACAAAAAAUGUCCACUUCCAAAACAACAGAAACUCAAAACACAGGCCCAGCGAGCAACGUGCCAGAAAACGCAAAUGAGCAUUGCCCAGGACCCGAGAGCACCGGCGCAGGCCGCGCAGCCGGCUGCGAGGGCUGCCCGAACCAAGAGAUCUGUUCAACACAAGCAUCCGGGCCUGACCCGGACCUCUCAAUCAUAUCCGAGCGGCUGCGCAACAUCCGGCACAAGAUCCUGAUUCUCUCGGGCAAAGGCGGCGUCGGCAAAAGCACAUUCACCACCCAACUGGCCUUUGCUCUGUCCAGCGACGAAACCGUCGACGUUGGCGUCGUUGAUAUUGAUAUUUGCGGGCCGUCAGUGCCCAAGAUAAUGGGGUGCGAGCGCGAGGAGAUCCACCGGUCAUCCAAUGGGUGGUCCCCGGUGUACGUGCAGGACAACCUGGCGGUCAUGUCCAUUGGCUUUAUGCUGCCGGAUGAGGAGUCAGCGGUGAUUUGGCGCGGGCCAAAGAAAAACGGCAUGAUUAAGCAGUUUCUCAAGGACGUCGAUUGGAGCACAGGCGACGGCGGUGCCCUCGACUACCUGCUCUUCGACACCCCCCCGGGCACCUCUGACGAGCAUCUGUCGGUUGUACAGAUGCUGCGCGACAGCGGAAUCACGGGAGCCGUUAUUGUCACUACGCCGCAGGAGGUUGCCCUGCAGGAUGUGCGCAAGGAGAUUGACUUUUGCCGCAAGGCCAAGGUGCCCAUCAUUGGCGUUGUCGAGAAUAUGAGCGGCUUUGUGUGUCCCUCGUGCCACGGCGAAUCGCAAAUCUUCUAUCCGACCACUGGCGGCGCCAAGGCGCUCUGUGAGGAGCUGCGCCUGCCCCUACUUGGCACCAUUCCGCUGGACCCGCGCAUCGGCCGUGCCUGCGACCAAGGCACGCCAUUCCUCGAUGCCCACGCAGACUCACCCGCCGCCCACGCUCUAAUCGGCAUCAUCUCCAAAAUCAAAUCACUGGUGAACAACUAAGAAAGAAAAAGAAAAAAAAGAAAGCACAAAUAUAUAUUUUUUAAUCUACUACUUUCUCUUGGCCGAGCCCAGCUUGAACG